CAGCUCCUGCACGUGGAAAGAAAAUAUCAAUAAAAUUUCAAAUGCUAAUAGCUCAACUCCAGACCAUUGAGAGCUAAAAUAUCUAUAUAGUUUGAAUCCAAACUGAGUUUCCUUUGUUCACCUUUUCUCCUAACAAGCAACAAAAUACCUUAUGAUCAUUGUUCUAGGUCAUUCAUUUCUCUCAUGAUUUUUCCAUGAAAGAAAACUGAAUUUGCCGAUAUUGUCAGUCUGUUUCUAAUCUGUUCAACAGAAUUCCACUUUAAGAUUAGGAAACCAAGUAGCCAUUUUAGAUGAGGAGCAUUCCAAAAUUAAAUUACUUGUAGAACUUCUAAUCAGAGCAAAUUAUGCAAGUUUUAGGUCCUAUAUUCAUAUCAGGUUGUUCCUCUAGAAAAUAUUCAAAUUCUUAUAGCAAGUUUGGGAUAAAUUAACUAGACUAUAAGCACUGAGUUAAUGAAACUGCAAACAGAGCAUUGAAUAACUUAACUUGAGGUUUUGCAUGGUAUUUAUCAUGUUUAGCACUGAUGAUCCAUGGUCAGAGAACAAGAACAGGGUUUUCAGUCUCCAUGAUGCACCAUGGAUGGUAGGGCAUUUGUGUAUCACCACCCAUUUCAUUUGUUAAAAUGAUGCUGCUUUUCCCUUACCUAAUGGUGCUUUUACCUCACCUGAAGUGUUCUUUACGUUCAUACUAUAAAACCAUUCUAACAGCAGGUUAACAAUGGUGACACAAAAGAAUUGGGCAUUUUGUUGCAAAAUACAUUUGGAGAUCCAAAACUGAACAUUAAAGCUUUAUUAUUUGGUGGAACUCAGUGUUCACAUCCGCAGAUUCAAAAAGACUGAUCCUCCAUUAACUGUUUAAGUGCAGUAAGACCGUAAACUACGUGGACUUAUAUAGAGAUGAAAAACAAAAUUGGUUUUUGGUAUAUGCUUCAGGUUCUAAAAAGAGCCUGAAUUUCCUAUCUAAGGGCAGCUAGUUCUUCUCCAUAUUAUACUUCUGAGGUUGAUUGCCUUGACAGGCAUUGGUAUUCAUGGAUUUCUGCUUCCCUGAGGAGUGGUGGAACAGAGAAGAGAAGUCAAGCCGACGCCUUCUUGAUAAGAACUACUGAACAUGUCCAUGUUCAGAAAGGUUUCUUCAUUGCUUCACAUCAAGAAGUGGUUCUUUGAUCAUGCAAAUAAUUCAAUCAAAAAAUGCUUCAAAGAGAGUAAUAUUAAAACAUCCUAUGUAAGUACUAUCAAGAAUGUUUAAAUUUGAUUAAGCUUUUGAGCCAAAGCUGUUUAAAAAAUUGUUUUUUUUAAUUAUUUGACUAAAACAAAACUUGCAAAAUGGCAUUCCAUGGUAUAGAGAUGUUAAAUAUAUUGAUAUAAUCAGAACUAUUGUGUAACAGAAAACUGGAAAGAGUAUUUAGUUCUUUUUCUAAGGUAUGUCAUGCCUCAGGGAGCAAAUGCUUUAUGGAGGGUCCAAGAAAUACAUGAAAUAGAUAAAAAUAAAUUUAGUCCCAAUAGUUUAAUUAGAUCAAGUGUACAAAUUAUAGCCCGAGUUCUUCUGGGUUUUCCCAAGAAAAAGAAAUGUAUUAUCCAGCAAUUUAUCAUGGAUUAGGUUGUUUUUAAAAUAAGUGGUCUAUUAAUGUAGAUUAUAUUUUACUAAAUUGUAACACACUGAAAAUGCCAAAUACUUAUCUUCAUUACUAAGAAAAUCACAUCUUAUUAAUCUUGACUUUCACAGAUGAAGCACUGACCAGGCAAUAAUCCACACCCACUGCUUCAUCUACCAAGACUGACCAAAUGGUAGGUUGGAAUUUGGAAUUCAUUAAUAGAAAAGAAAUUUUUUAAAAAACGAUUUUAAAACUUUACUGCCUUAACUAAAAUUUCAGUGUCAGAAGUACUUCUUUCAAAUGAAACAAAUUGUAGCAGGAUGGUCUCCCUUCCCUCUUAAAAAAAUCAAAAACAAAAACACACAAAAAAACCAAAGUCAAACUUAUAGGAGAAAAGUGGGGCUUCUCUUUAAUUUUAUUUCCCUAACUCAAAAUAGUAAAGCAAAAGGAAUCAGAACUUCUCUGCCACAAUAAGGAGAAAGAACGCCUUUCACCCCAAGUUCUAACUCGCCAUGCCUGGUUUCAUUGUGCAGCCCGUGGUAUUAAAAAAAAAAAAAAAAAAAAAACGGAGGGGAGAGCUAUGGUUUGGGAGUGAACACUACAUAAAAUGUGAAGGAUCACCCCGGGAUACCCCUCCAUCUUUGUGACAAACCAGUUUAGUUAUCAGUUACUCUGGAGUAAAGGGACUUAAUGGAUCCAUAUUUCAACCCUGACUUCCUUUAUUACACUCAGCACUUACACAUGUUUUGGAAUGUGAAUUAGCCCUUGGAGCUUGGAAACUGCUGCUUGAGUACCUUUUGAAGGGAAGGAAUUUUUUUUUUUAUACUAGUAAUUUUACUCCCUAUAUUAUAGCAAAAUAUUUGGAUGAUUUAAUGCAAAAUUAAAAGUAAUUGUUUAGAGAUGUUUUAUUUGUGUAUAUAACUUGUUGGUUGUUAGAAUUUUCCAUCAGUCUUCUUUUAAAAGUUAACUGAUUAUUUUUAUGGCUCAAGCAACUCCUAUCAUAUUUUGUUUUAGCUAGUUAUAAGCAUAAAGCAGUACUACAGUGUUGCUAUCUUUAAAUGAUAACCCUAACAUACCUGUAUAUUACUUGUUAGUGGGGUUUAUUGGCCUGACUUUUAGUAUAUACUUGUUCAUUGUUGUUUUUUAAAAUCACUAUUUUUUAAUACUCUGUGAAAUAUUUGCAUGGGAUUUUCACCAUAUUAUGUUUUGCUUAACUGGUGGUUUUGUUUGUGUUUUCCAUUUUUGAGUAUCACUUUACUUCUUGAUACAUUCUCACCGAAGAAUACAUACCCUUUUUGUUCCAACAAGGACAGUUUGUUAGUUGAUGAGCACUGGAAAUAAAUAUCACUGAACCCACCCACCCCCUGAUAUUUCUUCCUGAGGAUUUUUAUCAUGCAAAUCACAAAAUGAAAAUUGGUGCUUUUAUAAAUGUUCUGAAACUUUCAGAACAAAUAAAUGAAACAAAUAAUGAAAAUGAGAAUCUCCCUGGGUUUCUAUAAUGCUAUUAGGAUGUGCAACUGAAAGAACUGUAAUUUGAAUCUAGAAUAUUUUUGGUUUGAGUUAAUUUGGUUAAUUUGAUUUGGUUUUUGGUGUUAAAAUGGGUUUCUUAUUCCCGAUGGAACAGUUGUUCUGAUUGUCAUUAUUUUUUCCUUUUCCUGACCGAAAACCCAAAAAACAAAACAAAACAAAAAACUGCCAUUGGAAAGUUUAAAUUAGCAUGUCCCAAAUAUUUGACUUCUUGAGUACUUGCAAACCAAAUUUAGUAUUCCUAAAAAGCAAUAUUUUCAAAGAAGUACCAACCAAAGUAACAGUAUAGGGGAUGUCAUUUGCACAUGACAGUUUUUAACAAGGUAAUUCUUACCACUUCUCAAUUGAAUAUGUUUAUUAAUAACUUUCCAAAUUUAUCAACUUACAGAAACCCAAAAGUGAAGCAUUGGACUUAAGUGAUCAUUUUGCAACUGAAAUAAAUCUUUUCCUUUCACCUGUACCUUGCACUUAAUAUAUGCAGCAAUACUUCAUAUCUUCCUAUCUUAAUUAUUUAAGUAAUUUAUUUAAUUGCUGAUAAGUAUUUUGUAAAAAGCAAAAUUGUACAGAAAAAAUAUUAGAUAAGUUGUACUUAUUUUUAUUGUUUAUUAGCUUAGACACUACAGUGACACUCCUUGUUUGCCAGAAUUACUGGAAGUGCCUCUUGAUUUUAUAGAUUUUAUAUAUGUAUAUAUAUUUACAUAUAUAUUAUAUAUAUAAAAAUAUUACAGUAAACAUAUACUCAAAAUCAUUAGAAUUGUGUCACAGGUGAACAGUGUGGAUGUUACAAUGUGAAAAGAGGGUAUAAUAUAAAUACAAUUCUGUGGUAUUAUGUUUGAUGUAGUUAUUUGUACAGUUCAAGUCCUCCAUCCAGUUUUGAAGGCAUCCUUACCUCUUAUUUCCAAAUGCAGCGGCUUGUGCCCAGACUAUGCAUGCUGUAGUGAGCCAUCCAUUGGCCUGCCUACGAUUCCUAAGGACUCAUGGGGGCUUCUAUUCUCAUGCUCGCAUUCCCUUCCCGAUCACUGAUGAAUUCUUAGGUGCGUUAAUCUUCAUCUCUCUGUAGCUAAGCUGCGUUCUUUAAUCAAAUAGUCAACACCAUAACCAAGAUCCUUGGAUCUCUGGCAUUUAGCCUCAGAAUCCUAUAAAAGAAGCAGUUCAGCCCUUUAUCCUAUAAAUAGGACAAUUUAUCCUAUAAAGAUUGUCUGUCGAUGCCCAAUACAUGGGAUAUUUGGUUGUAAAGACUCAGAAUUAUUUUUGUUCCACGUAUUUGAAAGCUUUCAAAGACUUUGAAGGAUUCAAGACACUCAGAGUGUUUUAAUUAACUCAGACAUGGAGUCCUCAGAAACAAAAGCAAAAUGUGAUUUCCACCCAAAGUUCUCGAGGAUUAAUUCUUGAAGCUUACACAUACAGAUUUCCCCUUUACCUAUUAGACAAAAUCCCUGCUCCUAUGUUUGGUGUAUUCAUAGCUUUCUUCCCUCUGGUCCAAAACUAUCCCCUACCAAAUAACUAACCAUCUAUCAUUUAUAUUUCUAUGUCUUGGGCAAAUUAUAUCAGUGGAGUAUAUACACAAACUGUAUACUCAUAUUUUCUUUCUUCCUUUGUGUACACACACACUCUUCCAACCACAGACAGCACAAAGGAGCAAGACUGACAAUAUAUUCUCGAGAUGUGAAUCUUAUCCCUCGCCCAGGGCUAUCCUCUUACAGUGAUGCUAUGGUCCUCAGUGGAAGGAAGGCAACAUCUGGCUAUUCCUGACUGAUCCUUCAUCUCCUUCCUGCAAUUAGGUGCAGUCAAACUUGUUUUAGGUAAGGAAAAGUUAAUUCACAUGGUAGGGUAAGAGAGGUGAUGAUAUGUAUCUUUCCAAUGGAUCCUGAGAUUCAGGCCAGAGCAAAGGGAUGGCAGUAGAAAGCCUCCUAGAUCAAUUCAGUGUGUCCUGGCUCAGCUCUACAGAUCACCUCUAUGCCUGCUAAACCAUAUGAGGUGGAGCUUGGGAUAUGGAUGCACCCUAACCAAUGAAAAGAAAAAAGAAAGAAAAUCAGUUCUUAAAUAAUUAGAAAAUCUUCCACUUGUUAGGAUAAAUUUAAGCUUCUUUAAUCCUGAAGCUACUUCAUGUCCUGAUCAUUCCUUCUGACAUCAUUGCUGGCUUAGGAAAGGAGCCCAAGGUCCACUUCUGCUGAAAUCUGUCAGAUUUGAAGAACUGUCCAGCUGCCCAUGCUGUCUGGGAUCUUUUGGCCUCUUGGGACCAGUCAGAGCUGGAUGGGUAUGUGUUUGUGUGUGUGGUGGGGUUGGGGGGAGCAUAUCGCUUCAUACUUUGUCGUUAGCACUCAGGAGGUACAACGGCUCCUUGCUCUAUUGUCAAUUUGACUGACUUUUCCCUGCCAGAUGCUAAGGGUGAAUUCAUAGAAGGCCUAGUCUUCAGAGACUUCGAAGUAGUUAACGAUGAUGUAUUCGUUUUCUAUUUCUGCUGUAAUAAAUUACCACAAACUUGGUGACUUCAAACAAUGCAAACCUAUUCGCUCACAGCUCAGCCAGGUGGAAGUCCAAACGGACUUGGCUGGACUCUGCUUCUGGUCUCUCACAAGAUUGAAAUCAGAUGUUUGCCAUCUUCCCUGAAGUCUCUAGAAUCCGCUUCUGAACUCGCUUAGGUUGUUGGCAGAAUGGAGUUCCUUGGGUUAGAGGACUGAGGCCCCUAUUCCUUGCUGGCUGGCCCCUGGGAACCUUUCUCAGCUUCUUCAGGCCAUUUCCUUUCUCCAGGCAUUGUUUUGUUCACCAGUCCCAUCUUUAAACCGGCAAUGUCACAUGAUUCCUUCUUAGACUGUAAGACUUUCUCACUUCUGCUACAUCCUUUCUGUCUCCAGCUAGAGAAUGGCCUCUGCUUUUAAAGGCUCUUAUGAUUAUAUUGGGCCCAAAGAAUCCAAAACGAUCUCCCUACUUUAAGAUCUUGAAUUACAUUUUGAAAAGUCUCUCUUGCCAUGUAACUUAACAUAUUUACAAUUUUCUGGGGAUGAUGGGGUGGACAUCUUUGGGGGCUAUAAUUCUGUCUUACACAAAUUAUGAGUAGGAUAAGGAACACAGUGAAGAUAAAGAAGGCAUAUGGGCCACACAGUUAUUCUACAUAAUGGAAGCUCAUGCCUACAAUGAUAUUGAGGGGAAGGUAUAGAGAUUUCUCAUAUACACCCUGCUCCCAUACACUCAGCCUCCCUCAUUAUCAAUAUCCCUAUCAGAGUGGUAUAGUUGUUACCACUUAUGAACUAUUUAUGAACACAUCAUAAAUCACCCAAAGUCCAUUAUUUACCUUAGGGUUUACUCUUGGUGGUGUACAUUCUAAGGGUUUGGACAAAUGUAUCAUGACAUGUAUUCAUCAUUAUGGUAUCAUAUAGGGUAUUUUCAUUGCCUUAAAAAAUCCUCUGUGCUCUGCCUAUUCAUCACCCCCAGCCCUAACCGUUGACCACCACUGGUCUUUCACUGUCUCCAUAGUUUUAUCUUUUCCAGAACGUCCUAGAGUUGGAAACAUACAGUAUGUAAUGUAGCCUUUUCAGAUUAGUUUCUCUCACUUAGUAAUUUGCAUUUAAAGUUCCUCCAUGUUGGGGUGCCUGGGUGGCACAGUUGGUUAAGCAUCUGACUCUUGGCUUCAGCUCAGGUCAUGAUCUCAGGGUACUGACAUCCAGUCCUGCAUCGGGCUCCACGCUCAGUGAGGAAUCUGCUUGAGAUUCCUCUCCCUCUGCCCCUCCCACUUGUGCUUGUGCUGUCUCUCUAAAAUAAAUAAAUAUUUUAAAAAAUAAAUAAAUUUCCUUCAUGUCUUUUCAUGGCUGAUUUCUUUUUAGUAUGGAAUUAUAUUCCACUGUCUGGAUGGACCACUGUUUGUUUAUUUACUUGCUAAAGGACAUCGUGAUUGCUUCCAAGUUUCAGCAUUCCAAGCUGCUAUAAACAUCUGUGUACAGGUUUUUGAGUAGACAUACGUUUUCAACUCCUUUGGGUAAAUACCAGGAAGUGUGAUUGCUGGAUCAUAUGAGAAGAAUAUGCUUAGUUUUAUAAAAAACCACCAAACCCUCUUCCGAAGUGUGUGUACCAUUUUACAUUCCCACCAGCAAUGAGUUUCUAGGCCUUUUCAGUGCAGAGAUCUGGGAUAUGUAUUACUCAGACUGAAAACUCCUAGUUCCAACAUGGAACUACAAAGUUUUUCUUAACCUCAUUCAACUUAAAUUAUAAAUGACACUUUAAGUGAUAAGCCUGGAUGAGGUCAUAAGGGAGUAAGUGUAGGUAGAGCAAAGAAGAUAUUCCAAGGACUGAACUGUGCAGUGCUGUGACAAUGGAUAUUAACAGAAAAUGACCACUGAGGCAGGAGGAAAAGUAAGGGAGUGUGGGGUUCCAAAAACUGGGUGAAAAAAAUGGGUCAAAGAAAAGGGCACAAUCAGUGGUACACAAUUCUGCUAAUAGAUCAAUUAAAAUGAAGCCUGGAAAUUGAUCACUGGACUUAUUAAUGUGAAGGUCUUUGAUAUUAUUGACAAAAGCAGUUGUGGUAGAAUGGUGGGAGCAAAAAACAGAACUGGUGAGACAAGAAAUGGAGAAGAGGAAUUUUAGCUAAGGAGUACAGAUGAAAGUGUAGUCUUAGAAACAUGGACCAUACAUCCAUAGGAAUAGAAAGAAGACAAAUAAUAUGAAUACACAUGCAGGUGGGGAGUAAAUGUGGUGAGAGCAGAAUACAGUAUUUCUUUCCUGAUUUUUAGAAUUUCAUCAGUGAGUUCCCUAAGCAAGGUCAUCAGUUGAUAAUGAAAGUUGGGGGGAAGAAAAGUUUGAGGAAAUCAUUCAGGAGAAAGGGAAAGUGAUUAGGUUAUUAAAAGGUAUAUUUAACAAUGCCUCUAAGACCCAAUGAGGUUAGAGGUCAUGAGUUUAAGAUAAGCCCUGAGGGCAUGUUAGUGAGUUUUUCUUCAAGUAUUGAAAAUAGUUGGAUGUAAACACAGAGUAGACAGGAAGUUGAAUUAGCCCAGCUAUGGUUUGCCAAGGAAGAACAACAAAUUAACCAAUGGACAAGGGAAUGCACCAUUGCGUUAUAGAAGUGAGUGAUCAAAAAAAUUGCAUGAAACUCAGGUAAGGAGAGAAAAGACAAUAUGAAUGUUCUGGGUUAAAUUGUGCCCCCCCCCCCCAAAAAAAUGUUGAAAUCCUAGCCCCCUGUAUCAGUGAAUGUGACCUUAUUUGGAAAUAGGAUCUUUGUAGAUGUGAUCAAGUUAAGAUGAGGUCACUGGAAUGGGUCCUAAUAAACUAUGACUGGUGUCCUUUUAAGAACAGGAGAAGACAGAGACACACAAGAGAAGAUGGUCAUGUGACAAUAGAGGCAGAGACUGAAACGAUAAAUCUACAAGCCAAGCAAUGCCCACAAUUAUCAGCAAGCGCUGAAGGUAGAAGAGGAAAAGUUUGCUGACCUGUGGUCUACAGUAUGGAAGUAGGAUACAGUCCAAUGCAGGGGCUAUAUACGUGAGAAGCUCUGACUAUUAUGUAAAGGAGUGGGGUCCAGCCCCUCGCUGAGCACAUUGGGAGGAAUUGGCUGUCUUUGAUCUCCACCUCCAGGAUCAGAGUCAAGGAAUAUUUUCAUAAUGGACACUUCAUCCAAAGAAAAUAUCCAGUUAUUCUGCAAAAGUUCAAUGCAACCUGUCGGGCGAUCUUCCUUUAGAACAGAAUAUUCUUCCUCAAAGGAGAAACAACGAUGCUGUGGUAAACUGAAGGUAUUUUUGGGUGCCUUGUCUUUCGUCUACUUUGCCAAAGCAUUGGCAGAAGGCUACCUGAAGAGCACCAUCACUCAGAUAGAGAGAAGGUUUGAUAUCCCUUCUUCAGUGGUGGGAGUUAUUGAUGGUAGUUUUGAAAUUGGGAAUCUCUUAGUUAUAAUGUUUGUAAGCUACUUUGGAGCCAAACUUCACAGGCCAAAAAUAAUCGGAACAGGGUGCCUAAUCAUGGGAGUUGGAACAAUGCUCAUUGGAUUGCCUCAGUUCUUCAUGCAGCAGUACAGAUAUGAAAAGUAUUCUCCUUUCUCUAAUUCCACUCUCAGCCUCUCUCCAUGUCUCUUGGAGUCAGACAGUCAAUUACCUCUCUCGGUUAUAGAAAAAUCACAAUCCAAAAGAAAUGAUGAAUGUGAAAUGGAUGCCGGCUCUUCCAUGUGGGUUUAUGUUUUCCUGGGGAACCUUCUUCGUGGAAUUGGGGAAACUCCUAUUCAGCCUCUAGGCAUUGCCUACCUUGAUGAUUUUGCCAGUGAAGACAAUUCUGCUUUCUAUAUUGGGUGUGUGCAGACGGUUGCAAUUGUAGGACCGAUCUUUGGCUUCCUGCUAGGCUCAUUAUGUGCCAAACUGUAUGUUGACACUGGCUUUGUAAACCUAGAUCAUGUAACCAUUACUCCAAAGGAUCCGCAGUGGGUAGGAGCCUGGUGGCUGGGUUACCUAAUAGCAGGAAUUGUAAGUCUUCUUGCAGCUCUGCCUUUCUGGUGUUUACCAAAGAGUCUGCCGAGACCCCGAAGUAGAGAGGAUUCCAAUUCCUCCUCUGAAAAAUCCAAGUUUAUUAUGGAUGAUCAUACAGAAUACCAAACACCUCUUGGAGAAAAGUCAAAAAUAAUGGAAAUGGCAAGAGAUUUUCUUCCAUCGCUGAAGAAUCUCCUUGGAAAUCCACUGUACUUGUUAUAUUUGUGUGCCAGCACCGUUCAGUUCAAUUCUUUGUUUGGCAUGGUGACCUAUAAACCCAAGUACAUUGAGCAGCAGUAUGGGCAGUCAUCCUCUAAGGCCAACUUUGUUAUCGGGCUCAUCAACAUACCUGCAGUGGCCUUUGGAAUAUUCUCUGGGGGGAUAGUUAUGAAAAAAUUCAGAAUCAGUGUGUAUGGAGCUGCAAAACUCUACUUGGGAUCAUCUGUUCUUGGGUACCUCCUGUUCCUUUCCCUGUUUGCACUGGGCUGUGAAAAUUCUGAUGUGGCAGGACUAACUGUCUCCUACCAAGGAACCAAACCUGUCUCUUAUCAUGAACGAGCUCUCUUUUCAGAUUGCAACUCAAGAUGCAAAUGUUCAGAGACAAAAUGGGAACCUGUGUGUGGUGAAAAUGGAAUCACAUACGCAUCGGCAUGUCUUGCUGGUUGUCAAACCUCCACCAGGAGUGGAAAAACUCUUAUAUUUUAUAACUGUACCUGUGUGGGGAUUGCAGCCUCAAAGUCAGGAAAUUCCUCAGGCAUGGUGGGCAGGUGUCAGAAAGAUAAUGGAUGUCCCAAAAUGUUUCUGUAUUUCCUUGUCAUUUCAGUCAUCACAUCCUAUACUUUAUCUCUAGGCGGCAUACCUGGAUACAUACUGCUUCUGAGGUGCAUUAAGCCACAAUUUAAGUCUUUUGCCCUGGGUAUCUACACCUUAGCAAUAAGAGUUCUUGCAGGAAUCCCAGCUCCCGUGUAUUUUGGAAUUUUAAUUGACACUUCAUGCCUCAAAUGGGGAUUUAAAAGGUGUGGACGUAGAGGCUCCUGCCGAUUAUAUGAUUCAAAUGCUUUCAGACACAUAUAUCUGGGACUAACUGUGAUGCUGGGCACAGUGUCCAUUUUCCUAAGUAUUGCAGUACUUUUCACUUUAAAGAAAAAUUGUGUUUCAAAACAUAGAAGCUUCAGAACCAAGACAGAAGGAACAAUGGUGUCUACAAGAAUCAGGAAGGAAAACUGUACUACAAGUGAUCAUUUGCUACAACCCAACAACUGGCCAGGCAAGGAAACACAGCUUUAGAAAAAUGAUGACUUGAAGUCAUGUUUUCUAAUUUCUGGAAAUCGUGCAAACAAAUAGAUUUCAAUCAAAGGGGUUUUAAAUGUGUCUUGUUUUUCUCCUUUCAAAAAAAAUGUCUUUGUUUUUGACCCUAGGUAUUAGAUAAUGUACCUAAUAACAAGUAUAAUUAAACAUAUUACAGAAAAUGUGGAUAAUACAGAAAAUGUGGAUAAUAAAGUUAACCCAAACCUUUUAAAUCUUCCUUAUAUUAUUUAUACAAAUCCCUUAUAUUAUUUACUCAUUCUGCCUGAUUUUGCCUUGUGCCCAUUGAUAUAUUAGCUGUAUUCCUAGAACAAUUGUUCUAAUAGUCUAAUGGCUAUAUAUAAAGUAAUUUCUAAACUAAAAUACUUGUCAAGGGGAAGAGAGUCCUGUUAAAAAAUCAAAUUAUAUCUUGUCCUCCUUCAAAUAUGACCUUAAUGAAGAUGUUGGGAUAGAGCCAGAAUAGGUGGAGAAAGAUUUAAUUUCACACUCUUCCUUUCUUAUGGACUACAGUAAUUGAUACAGAAAUGUAUAGGGGCAAAUGAUCUUGGAGGAUUCAAAUUUUGGAUUAUUAGCUCUUCUGCCAUCCAUUACGUGUACAUCGUGUGUGACACUUGAAGUGACCAUGGUGGUAAAGUAAUAAAAUUAUUAUUAACAUGUGUCAUUGUCCUUCUAUAAAUCCAGUGGAUUAAAAAAUACUGUUUAUACAACACUGCCCGUAUUUUUUUUAAAGAUUUUAUUUAUUUAUUUAUUUUGAGAGAGAGAAUGAAAGACAGAGAGCAUGAGAGGGAGGAGGGUCAGAGGGAGAAGUAGACCCCCCGCUGAGCAGGGAGCCUGAUGCGGGACUCGAUCCCGGGACUCCAGGAUCAUGACCUGAGCCGAAGGCAGUCACUUAACCAACUGAGCCACCCAGGCGCCCAACACUGCCCGUAUUUUAAUGUAUGUAAGCUGCUCUAGACAUUGCACAUGACGUGAUCCUAAAAUGCAUUUGGAAGUUGAAUUUCUGAAAGUCUGCAGUAAGCUUAGGUGUUGUAACAGGAAUGAGGAGGUGACGGGUUGAGUGAUGGUGUGGUUCUUGGGUGCUCUGGUGUGGUUCUGGCACCCAUCACAGGGUCGAAGGGCUUCUGGGCAGGGGGCUGACACUGCUACAGCCUGCCAGAUAGCUCUUCAUUUCUGGGCAUUUCCUCUCUGAUGGCUUCCUGGAGCUCCUCUGAGGAGCUCUAAUAAGUUCAGCAGUCCUCCAUCGUUAGCUCUAUUAUCUACUACAUUUUUCUUCCUCCAACAGCUGGGUAACAGGAGCUUGGGCCUCCUAAGAAAAGCCGACUUAAGGUAGAGACCACCCCAGUGGAGUCUCGAAAUUGUACCACAAUUCGUAGCAGCCUCUACAACAAACAGAGCACGCAAUCAGGACACUCCCAACAAAAAGUUUGUUUGAGGAGUGUCUAGGAGCCCAAGUCCAACAAGAAGGUCCAGCUCAAAAAUGCAAUAAUAGUCUUCAUCGGUGGAAGGCUCAAAUAGUACAAACAAAAUAGUUUACUGUCUUUUCAUUUUUCCAUUAUAUACCCAUCCUGUAAAUAUGAAUGGAAAAAACUGGAGAUGGAAAGUUUGGGGAUGGAGAGCAGAGGAAAUUUCCUUUAAAUGUAGAUUAAUUUUGUCAUUUUAUUUGAGUUAGUGAUGCAAGAUUAUCCCAUAUUGUACUAUUUUUGAAAAUGAAAAUCAACGUGUUUUGUUUCCAGCAGGCCUACAUCAGACCUGCGGCUGCUGUGUUAACUUGAGAGCAGGAAUUCUUUUUGUCAUCUCAAUAUCAGUCUUACCCACAACAAAUACUUACCGAGUGCAAGAGUGACUAUGCUUGUCAAGAAUUUUCUUUGUAGAGAUGAAAUUAAAAUUCAAGGUCCUCAUCCUGUCUCCCACAUCCUCUUUAUUUUUCAAAGCUUUCUGUAGCAAUGUCCUGAAAAAUAGCUUUUUUGCAAGUAAAUUUCUAAACAGAAUCCUAUCCAAUUUACUCUUGAGUAACUUGAAAAAUAAAGAAAAAUUGGCAUGAAAGUUGAUUGAUCUUUUUUCAUAAAAGUACUGGAUGCCAGUGAAAAGGAAGCAUUUUUUUAAUGCAUUGCCAUUAAUUUGACAGUGAAAUUAUAUAUUCUAAACUCAGUAAUAUGGCAUAUGAGGGUAUCAUUUAGUGGGGAAUUGAAUUUACUAAGAGGAACCCUGAUAUUUUGGAUGAGUAAAUUCAUCUGACAGAAGUAAGCAGGCUUUUUAUGCCUCAG